CAGCGCUAUCUCGCGACACCGCGGACUGAGUACGAAACUAUUUAGUGAAGUGACAGUUUGAAUUUCGAAUUGUGUGUUUGAAAAUAGAAUUCUGCCAAAAUGUUGAACGGUUGGCAAUUGGUAUUGUCUAAAUUAUUCCUAAUCCCACAAAGAUGGGUGAUGGCCAUCAUGGGUUUCCUGGCGGUGGCGAACGCGUACACGAUGCGUGUAUGCCUCAACAUCGCCAUUACGCAGAUGGUGCGCCGGCGCGGCCACUCGCUCGCGUACGACGAAGGCUCCUGUCCAGGAGACGUCGAGGAGAUCGUGUCGGUUGAUGAUGCUGAAACAAACAGGUUCGACUGGGACGAAGAGACGCAAGGUAUAAUCCUCAGCGCGUUCUACUACGGUUACAUAGUGACGCAUCUUCCCGGCGGUAUGCUGGCCGAGAGGUUCGGCGGGAAGUAUUCUUUGGGCUUUGGUGUGCUCAGCACCGCUUUCUUCACGCUCUUGACACCUUGGGUUGUGAACGUGGGAGGAGCUACUGGACUUAUCGUGUUGAGGGUGCUGGAGGGACUUGGAGAGGGCACGACAUUCCCGGCAUUAAACGCUAUGCUUGCAAGAUGGGCGCCAGUAUCCGAGAGGGGGCGAAUGGGGUCACUAGUAUUCGGUGGAGCUCAGAUUGGGAAUAUAGCGGGCACAUACCUUUCUGGACUGGUCAUUAAAGAGACAGGGGAAUGGGAGUCCGUGUUCUACCUCUUUGGAGCUGUUGGCAUCUUCUGGUUUAUACUAUGGUCACUGCUCUGCUACAACGACCCUGAAUCCCAUCCCUACAUAUCGGACAAAGAGAAGAAGUACUUGGAGGAGGCUCUCGGCAGACACCGCACUAGCCAGCCCUCGUCUAUACCCUGGAAGCCUAUCUUCAUGUCAGUGCCUCUGUGGGCUUUGGUAUGCGCUCAGAUCGGUCACGACUACGGCUACUUCACGAUGGUGACAGACCUGCCGAAGUACAUGACAGGCGUGUUGAAGUUUGACAUACACCGCACGGGCACGCUCGCGGCGCUGCCCUACGCUGUUAUGUGGAUCAGUUCCAUUGCGUUCGGCUGGAUAUGUGACAAGAUGGUGAAGAGAAAUUGGCUGUCAGUUACUAACGCGAGGAAGACUUUCACUACCAUUGCUUCCGUCGGACCCGGAAUCUGCAUGAUCCUGGCCUCAUAUUCCGGAUGUGACACGCAAGUCGUGGUGAUAUUAUUUACUGCAUCCAUGGGGCUGAUGGGAGCGUUCUACCCUGGGAUGAAGGUGAACGCUUUGGACCUGAGUGGGAACUACGCUGGGACCAUCAUGGCGAUUGUGAACGGUAUAGGGGCUGUUACUGGAAUCAUCGCGCCGUAUCUGGUCGGAGUGCUGACGCCUGAUAGCACGCUGGUACAAUGGCGGCUGGUGUUUUGGAUAGCUCUGGCGGUGUUCAUAGUGACCAACUUAGUGUUCGUGGCGUGGGCGUCAGGAGAGGAGCAGUGGUGGAACCACACCGCUGAGGACCCUAAGAAACAACAGGAAGUGGAAGCAGCUGCCACAAGGUCCGUUAACGCUGAAGUUAAACUUUGAAAUGUUCAAUUGCAGAAUGAUUGAAGGUUUUGUAAGUUUUCUGGUAGCUUGGUUGUGUGAUGCCAAUAGUGACAUUGGCAGUAAGCUCGCCUGCCUUUGCUAAAGUGUCAUGGCGCUGUUAUGGUAUGAAAGAAUUAUUUAUAGGCUGUAUAGUUUUGUCCUUUGUAAAUAUUAAAGUUAAGUACAGUGGUUAGUACAUUUUUCAUGGCGGUCGAAUCCUCAGCCAGUGUAAAUUAUAAUUUAUCAAAUUGAUUGCAGUUAUUAAAAUGUUACACGGAAGUAUUGUGUUGCCAAUUAAAGGUAUUUCAUGAUUGUAUAUCAUAGUAUAUUUACACUAUUAUAAAUUCUGACUAAAAAACCAAUAUUAAUUUCUUAUAAAUAUUUGCAGUCCUCUAGCUGUGUGGCUCAAAUAAGGGAUUUUCCACACUAUGCUAUGCUUUUUGUACUGGUGACUGUCAAAUAAUUCGAAGUCUUACGUCUAUUUAUUAUCUGGAUUGCCUUAUAUUUAUGAUUAGUUGCAAAAAUACGUUCAAAGUUUUUAAGCAAGCAUAUGUUUCAUAUUCUGCAUAUUAUAAGAAAUCUCGAGUACAAAUCUUAAAAUUAACUAUUAAGUAAACACUUCAUAGUUUAGACCAAUGAUUUUUUAGCAAAAAGUAUAGAUGCAUCGUAAAAUCUUCUUGUGGCACGUUAAAAUUGGGCUAGCGCAACCGGUCGUAGUGUCGCUUUAACAUCGAUUGAAUUUUGUCAUCAGCUGCUUUCAAUAUACAAUCCCAAUCUUAAUCUUUAAUCCGAUUCCAAAAAUGAACCAAUCAAAAUAACUCAUUUGUAAGCAUGUCAAAAUACUUUGUUCGGAUUGGUCCAUUUUUACGAUAGAUCAAAAAAAGCGAUUGGGAUCGUUUAUUGAAAAUGACGGUAACAAAUAGUUCAUAAAAUGAUGAUACUGAAAAUGAAUGAAAUUUUCUUCUACUUUCACGUGUCAUUGUAGAUUGUUUGCUUGUUAUUGUUCUGAGAGUUUGUUAGAAUAAUAAGUUAUCUGUGUGUGCGAUAAUUCGACGAUUUUUAAAGCAGAGAUGUACAGAUGUAUCUACACUUUUAUACGUAAAUAUCAAUGGUUUAAAGCUUGUCUUUUUAUCUUCCAGAUGUGAUAUUUUUAUACUUUGUAAAAUGAUAACUUGAUGUUUCGAACCUAGAAAAUUAUGUACCUUUACUUUUAUAUUUAUUUAGAUAUAAAAAUUAAUCUAUAAGGAUAUUAUUAGUUAUUUAUGUCCGUUUUCACUAAUCGUUCCCUAUCCACGAGCCGACAAACGUAUUAUGUCGAAGCCGCGCGAUAAAAAUACAUUUUGGCGCUGCAUCGCUUUUAGUGUGUUUUCACCUUUAUAUUUGGAAGGGAUAUGAAAACGGACUUAAGUCUCAUAAAAAGUAUUACGAAAUUAACCGACUGUGGUAAGUUGUAAUUUGGAGGUUUGCACCAUUAAAUAAUUUUGUUCACAAUCACACCCGGUUUGAAAAUGAUUUCGAUUUGUUAAUACAUUUUUAAAUAACCAAGAAUAUAUCAAUAUUAAUUAUAUAAAAAAUAUUUUUUAGAAUAAUAUGAAUCUUGAUACACAAAAAGCGGUUCCUAUUAAUGCAAUACCGGGAUGAGCUAGGUUUUAUAAAAUCAAAAAUAAAACAAAGGCUGUGAACGAUUAUUUAUUUUAAGUAUUUUAUGGUAUACAUUAACUUGGGGGUGCGGUGGUGCCAUUCCAGAGAUCUGUAUGCUGUAUAUUAUAAGAUAAAUGGUAAGCUAUGGGUAUAAAGCGAGGUAUAGAUUAGCAAGAAAACUUGCAGAAGUUCAAAAUUGCUAGUAGAAGUGCAAGUAUUUUUUACAGUAAUGAUUAUAUAUAUGACUUAUGUGUACUCGGAUAUUAGAUAUUGAAAUAAAACUUAUUUAGAGGCUUCGCGGUUAUUUAUAUUGUAAUUUUCUCCCGAGGUUUCGAAGACUGUAAGCAAAGGACUUGCAAGACGUGCAGCAAAUUAUCUAUUGAAAAAUUGCCGCUUGUGUGAACGCAUCUGAAAGUUCCGCAAUACAUUUCAGCAAGAACUUUCUAGUCUAAACCUAGCUUUAUACCCGCCUAAGAGAUAAUGUGUUUAGUACAAUAUCCGACGCAAUUAUAAUACUCUAUUUAUAUUAUAGUGGUUAUUGAAGAGAUAACACUAAUAGACAAUACAGAGACAAAUAAAACAUAAGAUUUAAUGUCAUCCAGUUGUAUAACGAUAAAUUAUUUAAAUUUAAAAAAAAUAUUAAAAUGUAUCUCAAAAGUUUUAAAUGCAUUAGUGAUCGUCUGAAAUAAAUUGUUUUAUAUCUUAACGAUCGAAGUCUUUAAAGGAGUACAAGAAAAUAGUCUAAGAAAAAUGUCAGAUUUCCAAUACGACAAAUAUCAAUGAAUAUGCGUACUAUUUAUUUUCUAAAUGUAACCUUUUGGCAUUACGUUUUAACUACCUUUGCCUUAAAAUUAUAAGAGGGUUUACUCUGUGUAUUUGCUGAUAUAGGGUAAGAUACGUUUAGAACAAUGGACUACAUAAAUAUUGACUUAGCCACUAACACCUUACCUAUAAAAGUUUUUAUCAGAAUUUUGACUGAUUUUGUCUCUUUCACUCCUGUCAUGACUCAGGGUAAGAAAGAAAGAGACAAUAUGCACUCAAAAUGCUGAUUAAAAAUCGGGAAGAUUGUAAAUAUAGAUAAGAGAUGUUCUAAGUAAUACAUUUAUUUGACUUUAAUAGUACAUUGAUAGUAAAUAGACACCAUUAGAUCAAAAUUUAUAGAUUUUGAAUGAAUCUGAAUUAAUUUGCAUUUUUGCUUCUAACAUAUAUUUACGAGUUGUUACACACUGAGACAUCAUUAUUCCAUACAAAUAAAGACAAUGUAGAAAUAAAAUGGAAUAGUUUAUAAUUUUGUACAUUAUUUUGUUAAAUAAAAAUAGUUUAAAGUU